CACACACAGGGACAGCCUACGUUGUUUUUCUCAUGAGGUAAAUUGCACUCUGCGUUUCCUCACACAUCUGGAGAUCAUGGACCUGAAUCCUCGCAGGGUUUGCGCUUGUGUUUGAGCAUUUAAAGAACACCCAGUCACUUCAGUGUUGUCAUCCACAUCUUCAUCAUCAUUCUCCUCAUCAUCAUUAUCAAAGAGGAAGAAGAUGGGCUGCUGCUCGGCACGAUGCAUGCUGAUCCUCCUGUGUUGUCUGCAGUUGAUAACUGCUCUGGAGAGGCAGGUGUUUGACUUCCUCGGCUACCAGUGGGCUCCCAUCAUGGUCAACUUCUUCCACAUCAUCGUGGUCAUCCUCGGCCUGUUUGGUGUCAUACAGUACAGAUCACGCUACGUUGUCAUGUACCUGCUGUGGACGCUGUUGUGGGUCGGCUGGAAUGUCUUUGUCAGCUGUCUGUACUUGGAUCUGGGCGGCCUCUCAAAAGACAGUGACAUCCUCUCCCUGGGAGUGUCCUCACAUCACUCAUGGUGGAAGGACAACGGGCCGGGCUGUGACAGCGAGGGCCUUCCCUCAGCUGGGUGGCAGAACCAAAAGAACCCAGAGCUGACCACCGUGCUGAGCUGCUGGCUGGAGUACCAGUACAUUGAAGUCCUGCACUGCAUCGUCCAGCUGCUCCUAUCACUCCCGGGAUUUGUUUAUGCCUGCUACGUCGUCAGCACUUUCUCAGAAGAGGAAGACAGCUUUAAUUUCAUGGGUGAAUUUCAUCAUCCAUCCAAACCCUCUCACUUGAUCUUCUAGUGUGACGACCUGCAGAUUAUAAAUAACCACAAAACUAAAGUGGCCGAGGAGAGCUGGGGAUGAACCGGAGUAGAAAGGGCGUCGGCUUUGAAGACUGUCACUGUGAAACUGCUUCGGCCUGUUUGUCAAUAAAAAUACCUGUCACAGAUGAUGAACCUCACAGCGCACUGUCACCCUGUAUAAAACGUGCAGGCCUUUUUAUGAUGUUUUUUUUUCCGGGGGCCUCAAACACUGUAAAUCUAUUUAAAUCUACCUCUGUGUGUGAGAGUGUGCAUGUGUGUGUGUGAAAGAGCUAGAAAUCACUAGAUAUGAAGCACUCAAAAGAAAAGUGUGAUUCAAAAGAUGUAAAUAAGUCACAGUUUCUUUCACAUGUUUUGUAAAAUGUAUAAAUUAUUAAUAAUGUGUAAUUUCAGUUAGAAAAAUGUCACCAUCCCAACCUGUGUAGUGUACGAUAUAUUUCAGUGAAAUA